CUGGGCUGUUCCCCUCUGCAUCCAGGCUCGUAAAGAACCCAGGCUCAUAAGGAACCCAGGCCCGCACCACAGCGCCUGGUAUAGGUCAUGUGAGAUCUGAGCUGCAAUGGAGCAUGACUCACAUACCACGUGGGAAUUCAAUGGCUCCUUCUAUCAGCCUUCAGCUUUCCUCAUGAUGGGCAUCCCAGGCCUGGAAGCCUUUCAUCACUGGAUCUCCAUCCCUUUUUGUGUACUCUACCUUAUUGCUCUCUUGGGAAAUUGCAUGAUCCUAUUCGUCAUAAAGAAGACCCAAAGUCUUCAUGAACCCAUGUACUACUUUCUCUCCAUGCUAGCAGUCACUGACCUGGGGCUGGUUUUAUGUACACUGCCUACUACACUGGGUAUUUUUUGGUUUAAUAACCGAAGGAUUGGUUUUGAUGCUUGUCUCACUCAGAUGUAUUUCAUCCACAUACUGUCCUUCAUUGAAUCCUCGGUGCUCCUGGCAAUGGCGUUUGAUCGCUUCAUUGCUAUCUCCCAUCCACUUAGAUACCCAUCCAUACUGACCAAGACAACUGUCAUAAAGAUAGGUCUGACAAUCAUAUUGAGAGGUACGGUCUCCCUUCUUCCAAUACCCUUCUUGCUCAAGAGGUUAACCUACUGUGGGAAGACUGAGCUCUCUCAUUCUUUUUGCUUCCAUCCUGAUAUCAUGAACCUAGCAUGUGCAGAUAUAAAAGUCAAUAUCUUCUAUGGUCUGAUUGCUUUGUUUUCAACAGUAGGGAUGGAUUUUAUCUGCAUUGUGCUGUCCUACAUCCUAAUCAUUAAAACUGUUAUCAGCCUUGCAACUAAGGAGGAGUGUCUCAAGGCUUUGAAUACAUGCGUCUCCCACAUCUGUGCUGUCCUAAUAUUCUUCAUCCCAAUGAUUGGACUGUCCAUGAUUCAUCGUUUCGGAAAGAACUUUCCUCCUUUGGUUAACACCUUGGUGGCCUACACCUACCUUAUAAUUCCCCCUGCUCUCAACCCCAUUAUCUACAGCAUAAAAUCCAGCCAUAUCCGCGAGGCUUUGUUCAGGACACUGAGGAGGAAGUGUGAAUUUGAGUGGUAGGUUCUUCCACCAACUGUGCCAGAAAAUGCUGGUGGACUUUUUUUGUGGUCAGAACUAGUAGACUGGUUUCUUAGUGCUGCACCCAUGGGUGUCACUGCCAGGCAAAGGAACUGCGCAUCCACUCAGAUGCUGUCCCUCAACCCAGAGCUGUGAUCUUUCAUGUUUCAUCCUAGCAUGAUGCUUGGUCCUUUCCAACAGCCUGCACACACCCCAGGCGUGGAAGUCACACUUAUGAGGAAACAAUUACAGGAAAACAAGCUCCUCCUCUUGAGUUACACAAUGGAGUGGAGCAAGGAAACUCUACAAUAUACUUUAUGGCAUCUAGCAGUCAGAUAAUAUGUAAGCUUCACCUGCGGUCCCUUGCAUGGGAUCAUUGUUCCCUCACUGCAUAACUAACCAAGACCACAAACUCUGUAGGACAGGACAGAGGCCAAAAGUCUGAAGUCACUCUGAAUAUCAAAGUGAGUAAUUUUGUUCAACUGGAAACACCCCACAAAAUGGAGAUCAUUUCCAGAGGUUGAGCACAGAGCAUUUUUGGAAGAUCACAACAUUUUAAGUGAACCCACAACACUUGGUUCACCUAACAAAUGGCUCAGCCUUAAUCUUCAUCUGUAUUUCUAAACUGCCAUACACAUUUACAGUGCUGCUUCUGCACCUCCUCUUGCUUUCAUUGAGCCUUACUAUCCUACCAGAUCUAAUGCUCAAGCCAUUGUUUUUUUGCAUUGAAUGUAAAGUAUGUCUACCAUAUAUUCAAAUAAAAUACACAUAUCAUUGGAAAGGAAAAAAAAAAAAAGCCUUUUUUUUUCAAUUUAUCUAAUGUAGAGUUAAUAGGUUGGAGUUGUUCAAAGCCGUCAGGAUUUGCUGUACGUGAGUACAGUACUGCAUGAGUUAGGUAUGCAUCAGGAUGGUGCUCGGGGGUCGGGUUUGGAUAGCUCUCUUACUGCAGAGAGGUUUCAAAACUAAAAUAGGAGUGACUAAUCUUCCUGACAUUACAGACCAUGUACUACAGCCUUCCAGCUAACAUCCACCAGGCAUCAAAAGUCCCCCUCAGAGGGAUGGGAAAUGGAGAUCUCCAGGCUCAGGUCACAUAUGGAGGUGACAUUGUCUCCAAGCAUCUUCUUGCUCUUCACCAAGAUGGAUCUCAGCCAGGCAAGCAGAAGAGUUUCACCACCCUCUUAUUUUGCUUCAUCCCGCAGACAGAAUGAAACUGCCCCAAAUCUUUCAUACCUCCUGUGUUGUUUUUUUCAUUGGUUUUAAGCCACAUUUGGGGCAGACUGGGCCUUUGUGCAAAGAAGGAGUGGUCAUCAUUCACCUUGUGAGGGUGAAGUAGCAGAGGGCAUUGGGACAGCAUUGCAUACCAGAACUGGGUUGUUGCUAAGCUUCUCCCACUUCAGCCUAACCUAGGAUUGGUGUCUUUUUCUUUUUGAUCUAUUCAUAUCUGUACUUCUAAUAAAGACAGAGAAGAAUAAUGAGAAUACUUCUCCAUAAGAAAAUGGAAAGGGAGAAGGGCAGAUUCCCAAGGGGAGGACUCUCAGGACGCUCUUUGCAUUGUGUUGUGCUAGUUAUUUUGCUGAGUGUCCCCGUGGACCCUCACAGAGGUGGAAAUACUGUUCAGCAGAACACCACAAGAACUUCUGUCCAACCAGUAGGCACAGCAGCUCCUACUUGCAUUGAGUAGCACCUGGUGGGAGUUCUUUGCUCAGAAUACCUACGAUCCAGCCUGGUGCUGGUAGCCAGCUGCUAUCAGAGGAGUAGGAGAACAAGUAAAUCUUUUGGCAUGAAAGCCUAAAAAAGAUCUUUGCUUGGAGAUGCUCAGCGUGCAGGAUCCUCACACAGCACUGCUCCCUGAUUGAAAACUUGCAGACUGUUCUCAGAAGCAACAAAAGCCAGAGGAGCCUGUGCUCCAGCAAGGACAUGUGCAUUCAGAUGGUGGUGGCAAGACAGAGGAAAUGCACAGGGUAUGUAUUAGUGCAGCUGGAAACCAUGCUGGAGUGAGGAUGCAGUGCAUAUGAUGCACCUCCAUCACCCAGUUCAGCAGAGUUUCACCUGCCUCCAAGUUUCCUUCCCAGAUGGAGUAGCUGGAGGGUACCAGGCAGUUGUUCAGGAUCUGAGAACCUGUAUAAGGUACUGUUCAUUAGGAACACAUGCUCACAGAUCUUGGUGGCUGCUUCUGGGAAUGGGAAAGUUAAUUGUGGUUUGACAUCUGUGUGAAUAAAAAAAGAUAGACAAGCCACUUAAACCUGCUAAUUCCUAUUCUGUGAUGCUCUGAGCUCUGCACUUUGUACCAUGGGAUCGUAUACAGUACUUGCUGACGGAUUUAUUUCCUAUGAACCAAGAGAGCAGUGUGAGACACAUCACAGGCAUGGCUUAAUGAGGAAAGGAGAGGAGAUGGAGGAGGAGCAGGAGAACAGGAUGAUGGAAAGGAAGAAGGAGUGGAAGGGGAGGGGGAAACAUACAGUCAGAGUGGCUCUCUAGAAUUUAAAGGAAAAAAAAGUUCAGAUGAAAAAUUUUGAUCAGCUCCAGUAACAGAAGACAACACCAAGCACUAUGAAAAUAUCAGCCCAUUCCCCAUUAGUGCCCAGGUUUUGAAAUCUGCUCAUACAGACUUCAAAACCCUUGGGAAACACUGUACCAGAGGUGAACAGCUCCAGGGAAUGGAACACAUUCCCUUCUCACUGCCACAUGGGAUGGGAGAAGCAGAGAGGACUUCUCAGUGCUGACGACUGUUCCACCACCUGCUUUAUCCUGGGAAGUUCACUCCAUGGGACAAAUCUGGUCAAUGUUUAUGAGUCCUUUCUGAGAUCAUCCACAGUGGUUGUUGUUACUGGUCCUCUGGAUGGGAUGGCUUCACUGUCUACAUGUGCUCACCUCUUGCCAAAUGCAGCCACUGGGGCUUGCUGGUGCAAGGAUCAGCCAGGGAAAACAAAUCUGCACUCCCUAGUGUUUUAUUAAAGGUAUGGACUCAGUUUUCUGCUCUGCAUAAAGCAAGAUCCUUCUAUGGAUGGGGUUCAUCACACUAGCAGUUCAAAGUCAUUAGUCACUUCUGAAAACAUUGGUGCAUUCACCAAUAUUUUUCGAGGGAUUACUGACUUACUGUGAGUGUCUCUCCCAGUUGCCUUCUCUUGAAAGAAAUGAAUAGGAUGGCAGAUUUUUAGCAGUGAGAAUCAUACUGUCCUUACACUUCAGUGGGUGGCAGGUAAGUUGACUCAGACACUUGCUGGCAGUUACUGAAGCGUUUUGUGCAUUCCACUUGCAUCUUAGUGUAAGUGGUUUGCUGCAAAUGUCCUUGCUAGAAUAGCUUUCAAACAACUUGAUACCAACAGUCUGUGUACCAUGUUUGUAAAUUGUGUAUAAAAAGCUAGCACGAGAGUUUUAUUUAUCAUAGAGUCAGGAUGGAAUAACAUCCCAUCAGGGAAAUAAGCUAUGAUUGCUAUUUUAGGAUGAGUGCUUCACCACCGAUGUGCAGUAAAAACAGAGUGUUUUCAACCAAAUGCUACUUUUAGAAUCAUUUGGACUAAUAACCUGCAGUAAAAACAUGUAGCAUCCCUGUUUUACAUGGGUGGGAUGUGGAAUUUGUUGUCAGAAAGCUCAGCAAUGCUGCAGACAGCCUUGCUGUGGGAGUCAGGAGGGAUCUGCAUCUCUGUUCAAGCCCUCCAAGAAUGCCCUAGACAGCUGGGAAUGUACAGCUCUGUGGUGGUGACACUGCUGUUGUUUCAGAAAUUGGUGCUUCAUCCCAACACCUUUAAAUCCCAGUUAUUUUACAAAUCUGAUCUGUGUGAACAGAAGGGCAGCUUAAAGCAUAUGUUUCUGACAGGGCAGUAUAGUGCAUAUGGGAAAAGCUCAAGCAGAAUUGGAGUUGUGCAGGAGCAAUAAAAAAUCUGUUUUCUUUAUUUGAA